UCUUCGGACGAGGUCAUCACAGUGAAAGAAGCAGUACAGCGACGAUGGCGACUCCCGAAAUUUACCGCGUUACAUCAUCGUUCGGAUCGGAUUGCAGAACCUGCCGAGAAAGUACUGCAAAGAGGAGAAGAGUCCAUUUCUACCUUUCCGCUGUCCCGUAUUGUGUUUUGACUUAAAAACACCACCACCACAAAGCCAAGCUCCGAAGUCUCCUUCAUUCCCCCUUCUCUUCUUAGUUCAGUCUCAAUUUCCUCACUGCCUCUCUUUCAGAAUUUCAUUCCGAGCUCCCUCCAUCGGAUGAUCCCCGCUCGGCGUUCGUAAGGUGAUUACUCGGCUCCGCCAUUUCUGCCUCUGCUAUCGCCAAGCGGAGGAUAGCAGGAGAGUAGAGCUCGGGCGCAGAGAAGGAAGGACAGAGAGGGGAAAAACGAAAUCGGGAAGCCCUAGUAGUUCCGAGCAUGUCGAAAUCGCUUCCCUAUUCGGUUAAAGAUUUGCAAUACGACAACGCCAAGUUCCGCCAGCGUUCGGUUUCUAAGGUCAUAACGCAGUCCUUGCUCACCAAUACCAUGAGGCGGGAUUGUGUAAGCUGCAGUACGGGGAAGUUUCUAGCGUUAUUGUUAAUCUUUGGGGUAGGAUAUCUUAUGCUAACCCAUACAAGUACCGCCCAUUCUGUUUCGGUUAGAGCAGCGGAUAAAUUGAGUGUUCAUGGGGAAGGUACAAAUGCGACAGGAGGAAAUGCUUUGUUUGGAAGGAUCGGGAGGAAGCCACCGAGGCUUCCUCCACGAUUACCACCCAAUGAGCAUGGUAGUCACAAUGAUAAAGCUGUUCAUGAACCAGCAAAGAUUGAUACCGAUUUGGGAUGGGUAGAAAGACAACAGAAAGUAAAAGAGGCUUUUAUGCAUGCUUGGUUUGGCUAUAAAAAGUAUGCUAUGGGCUAUGACGAACUUAUGCCUCUCAGCCAGAGAGGAACUGAUGGAUUAGGAGGCCUUGGUGCUACCGUUGUGGAUGCGCUUGAUACUGCUAUGAUAAUGGGUGCUGAUGACAUUGUUUCAGAGGCAGGCUCAUGGGUUCAGACACACCUCUCUGAUUUGAUUAAGAAGAAAGGCCAAGUUAAUUUAUUUGAGACUACCAUUCGUGUCUUGGGUGGACUUUUAAGUGCAUAUCAUUUAAGUGGAGGGGAGAAGGGGACAAACGUAACGUAUAAGGGGCCUAAACCAGUUGUUUACCUUGAUACUGCUAAAGACUUGGCUGACCGUCUGCUGUUAGCUUUCACUUCCAGUCCCACUCCCAUUCCAUUCAGUGAUGUUAUUCUCCAUGAUCCUUCUGCACAUCGAGCACCUGAUGGUUUGAGUAGUACUUCGGAGGUUUCUACUUUGCAGCUUGAGUUCAAUUAUCUCAGUACUCUUUCUGGUGAUCCAAAAUACAGCAUGGCUGCUAUGAAAGUUUUGGAGCACAUGAAAGAUCUCCAGAAGGUGGAGGGACUUGUUCCGAUCUAUAUAAGUCCAGACUCUGGUGAAUUUAGUGGAGAAAAUAUCAGACUUGGAUCUCGUGGAGACAGCUAUUAUGAGUACCUGAUUAAGGUAUGGCUUCAGCAAAGGAGCAAUCGAGAUAAUAACUUUACAUAUCUUCAUGAUAUGUACACGGAAGCAAUGAAAGGUGUAAGGCACCGACUUGUGAAGAAGUCAAUCCCAAAUGGCUUGGUGUUUGUAGGUGAAUUGCCUUAUGGACCUAAUGGUGCUUUUAGUCCUAAAAUGGAUCACCUGGUGUGCUUUCUGCCUGGUACACUUGCCCUUGGAGCCACUAAGGGAUUUACCAAGAAGAAAGCAAUGGAAGAAAACUUGCUCAACUUUGAAGACCUUGAAAAUUUGAAGCUUGCAGAGGACCUAGCAAAGACUUGUUUUGAGAUGUAUGCAGCAACUUCCACUGGUCUUGCACCUGAAAUUGUUUACUUCCAUACUGAGGAAUAUUCAGAAGAUGGUCUUGAUGGAGGGAACAAGAGUUCGAAGUAUACCAAUGACAUAAUAAUAAAACCUCUAGACCGACAUAAUCUUUUGCGCCCAGAAACAGUGGAAUCGUUGUUUGUCUUAUACCGUGUUACCGAAGACCCAAAAUACCGUGAGUGGGGCUGGCAUAUUUUUGAAGCUUUUGAGAAGUACACAAAGGUUGAUUCUGGUGGAUAUAGUUCUCUUGACGAUGUAACUGGCCUUCCCCCUCGAAGAAGGGACAAGAUGGAGACCUUCUUUCUCGGUGAAACAUUGAAGUACUUUUACUUGCUUUUUGGGGAUAGUUCCGUUAUCCCAUUAGAUAAGUUCGUCUUCAACACAGAAGCUCAUCCUCUUCCAAUUAAAGGCACGUGAGAGAGGCUCAUAAUUAUUUUCCAUUAAGGCUGCUGAGUCGAAGAAAAUGCACUUCCAGUCUUCACCCUUUUGAUCUUUAUGGCGAAUCAUUCACAUGCUUCGCUGCUCGUGAGGUUCCUAGGCCAACUCAAUGCCGUGAUUCUUUUCUGUGAUCUGAAUCACCUCCAUUCGUGUAUGCUCAAUUAGAUACAGAAGAAGAAAUUGUCUCCAACUCUGUUCAUAUAGCCACAGGAUUGUGACCUUAACUUUUUCUUUCUUUUCUCUCUCGUUAAAGUAGCUAGUGAAAGUGUUACUAUUAUGGUAGACUUCUUAAAGUAAGCAUCAGUGACCAGUUUCAGAUGCUCAUUUUCACCAAUUGAUGUACUCUAUUCUCGUUAUAUUUCUAAUACAGAUUGCGGAAUAUACACAGCUCUUUCUAGCUUCUAGAUCACUGCCUUCUGAUUGUUGUGGCCGUUGUUGGCUUACAUACUUUCUAUGUCGUUUUGAAGGAAAAAUAGAUGGUCUCCAUCUCGAAUGACACAUAUAUCAUCAAUUUCUGCAUUUUCAGCAUUGAUGACUUUUGCAAAUGUGUAGCCUCCAAAUUUCUCACCUGCAGUGCCACAAGUUGCUACAAUGACAAAUCGGAUGAGGAUGCAAUAAAGAAAAUGCAAGUUGACCGAGUACUAAGACUUCUUAAAGGUUCAAUCUCUUGUAUAUGUCUUCAUGUUUGUUUGUUUAUACAUAUCAAAUUUAACUAGUCCAUUAUUUUUGCAGACAAUAUCCAGGUUUAAGCUAAAACACUCUGCUGAGACUAAAGAGAUCUUACCAGCAAUCCUGAGCAGCUCUUCCAUGGACUGAGAGAUAUGUGUGACAGCAUUUGGUCCUGGAUGCGGGGUGGCAACUGAUUCCUAGUGGCGAAUUCUGAAGCAGCCCUGACCAUGUCCCU